AUGGCCGUUCCCAAAGCUCUCAAUACUCUAUCUUUAAGAUGCAGAUUUCGUUAUAACAUCCUUCCGUCUUACAAUCCUCCUUUCAACAUACGCCACUCCUCCACCUCGCAGCUGCCGAGGCAAAACCCACCCUUUCCUACUGGGGCUAAUGAUGAAGUUGCACGCCUUGCGGCCAGCCGUCGCAGGCCAUUAACGCUUACAGAUUUACUCAAGCACGGGCGUCCGCCAUUGUCCAAAGAUGCACUUCUUGCUUCUGCGAACUUCACUCUUUCCCUUCUCCCGGCUCGACUCGCGUCUCGUAUAGAAGCCUUGCGAAACCUCCCUUUUAUUGUCGUCUCAAAUCCACACGUGUCCAAGAUCUAUAACAAUUAUCUCCACUCGCUUUCAACCCUUCUCCCCUAUCAGAAACGGCAGAUUACAACACUAGAGGAAGAAAAUCAGUUUGCAGAGGUCCUGGCAGAUUUGGUUCAUACACAUGCAAAUACAAUCCCUAUACUUGCACGUGGCUUUCUCGAGUGUCAACGAUAUAUCAACCUGGCCGAUGUCACUCGAUUCUUGGACACACACUUGCGGGCGCGGAUCGGAACUCGAUUGAUAGCCGAACAACACCUGGCUCUUCACUUUGCGUCCCAGCCAGUUGAAGGUGAUGCCAGUGCACGUCCAGCAUCAAAAGAUGCAGCCCCGUCGAAUUAUAUCGGAGUAAUAGAUACUGCCCUCCAACCAUCGCGUAUUAUAAAACUGUGUGAGGAUUUUGUGGGAGAAAUAUGUGAACUCAAGUACGGUGUGCGCCCACACGUCCAAAUCGGUGGACAGCCCGACGCCUUAUUUGCUUAUGUUCCCGUGCAUGUGGAAUAUAUCAUCACAGAACUACUGAAGAAUGCAUUCAGAGCUGUUAUUGAAUCUGGACAUGAGCGGGAACCAAUUGAGGUCACCGUCGUUUCUGCACCUGAUGUUCCUGUGAAUAAUGCACGCGAAGCUACCAGGACAUCUAGCAGUAGCCAAGGCAUUCAAUCUGAUUCAGAUGUGGACUUCCAAAUUAACUCUGUUCGUGGUACCGCGGAUGCAAACGAAUCUAUCAGAUAUUCAGCGCCUUCAUCGCAAAGCAUCACGAUUAGGAUACGAGAUAGAGGUGGCGGAAUACCUCCGGAUGUUCUGCCCGACAUUUGGUCUUACAGUUAUACAACCUUCUCCGACCUUCAAGGCUCGGAAAAUGGCAGCGUCGAUGGACUGAAUUCCAUUUCAGCUAGCAGUGGACAACUGAGUAGCAUUGCAGGACUGGGAUAUGGUCUACCUUUGAGCAGAGCAUAUGCAGAAUAUUUUGGGGGCAGCAUCGCUGUGCAAAGUCUUUGGGGAUGGGGCACUGAUGUAUACCUGACUCUUCAAGGCGUCGGCAAAAUCGGAUAA